AUGAAGUUUCGGGCUAAGCUCGUGGAUGAGGCCUGUCUGAACAACUUCACGCGGAUCAGUAACAUGAUAGCCAAGCUUGCCAAAACCUGCACUCUGCGUAUCAGCGCGGAGAAGUGGAACUUUGUCCUCUCUGACAAGGUGGCCAGUGGACGGGUGAGCAUGUGGUGUGAGCUGGAGCAGGAGAACUUCAGCGAAUUUCAAAUGGAAGGUGUCUCCGCAGAAAACAAUGCGAUUUAUUUAGAGCUAACAUCGGAAAGUUUAUCUCGAGCCUUGAAAACUGCCCAGAAUGCCCGAACCUUGAAAAUCAAGCUGACUAAUAAACAUUUUCCCUGCUUCACAGUUUCUAUAGAGCUGGUGAGUACGACGGGAGCCAGUAGUCGUGUUGUGACACGUGACAUCCCUGUAAAGGUUAUUCUUAGAAAACUGUGGAAGGACUUACAAGAACCUACGGUCCCAGACGCUGACGUGAAUGAUGCCCGGCGUCCUGUCACUCACCACGUAUUAAAUGGUGUGAUUUGA